AUGGGUUACACAACUCUCUGGAAGCGGCUUUCGCCGCGUCAGCUGAAUGUCGCCAUUCAAACAUUUUCGCUGGUGUCGAUUUUUUUCGAAGGAUAUGAUCAAGGUGUGAUGGGCGGUGUCAACAGCGCGCCAAGCUAUGUAACUAAGGUCGGUAUUGGCAAGGCUGAUGGCACUGUAACAGACACCACCCACCAGGGUGGAAUCGUUAGCGUGUAUUAUUUGGGGGCCAUUUUUGGUUGCUUUGCGGGCGGAUGGCUUGCAGAUCGUAUUGGUCGGAUUAAUGGCCUACUGGCUGGAUCAUUGUUUGCAUUGAUUGGUGGCGCGCUGCAGGCAGCUGCACAGAAUUCAAAUUUCAUGCUGUGUGCACGAGUGCUCACUGGCAUUGGAACUGGCGCGUUGACGGGCAUUACCCCGGUUUUAGUGUCGGAAACAUCCUCCGCGAAUCAUCGAGGCGGCUUUUUGGGUUAUGUUUUCAUUGCAAAUUGUGAGCUGUUCAUUUCGUGUCCACUGUGGACUGUGCUGUAUAUUGUGGGGACCAGUGCUAACAUUCGUCAUUGUCAUUAUGAAGAUUUAGGAAUUUCCGUCGCAUAUUGGAUCUCCUUCGGUCUCGCUUUCGUUGAUCAUGGAUACUCGGAUGUGAGAUGGCGGUUUUUGCUGGCUUUCCAGUGCUUCCCGGCACUGAUUUUGGUGGCUUUCAUCAAGAUGUUGCCGGAUAGCCCCCGCUAUUUGGCUUCAGUGGGGCGGAAUGAGGAAGCACGAUAUCUUUUGAACCGAAUUCGUAAAGGCCGGGCCUCCCAGGCUGAUAUCGAUCUCGAAUACCUAGAAAUCAUCACUACUGCUAAGGGGAGUAAGCUCAGCUCACCAGUUGAAUUUGUUAAAAUUUUGGUAGGUAAGGGCGGAAAGCCGGGACUUAAUCUUGGCCGACGAGCAUGGUUGUGUGUUUGGUUGCAGAUUAUGGCAUCUUGGACAGGCAUCACAGCCGUGACUGCCUACUCCCCUACCCUUCUUGCCCAGGCCGGCUACAGCGACAUCAAGCAAAACGGUCUUGCUGGAGGAAUCAACACAAUUGGAAUCAUCGGUACUAUAAUUAGCGCCCACAUUAUUGAUCGUUUGGGUCGACGUGUUUGUUUGAUGGGCGGAGCUGCUGUUUUGUUUGCCGUCAACCUCAUUGCUGGAGCCGUCUAUGAGGGUUCUUUGCAUAACCCCGAGAAGGCAUCUCAGUAUGCACCUGGUGCAGUGCUGAUGCUCUUCUUGUUCAAUUUGGGAUACGCUGCUACUUGGGGUACCGUUGCCUUUUUGAUCCCCACCGAGAUCUUCCCCAGUGAUCUGCGAGCUCAGGGUAAUGGAUUCGGAAUCACUGGGUGGGCUAUUGGUGUGGGUAUGACCACUUUGGUUAACCCUAUCAUGUUCAGUGUCAUGACCAGCCGUACAUAUUUCCUGUUUGCUGGACUGAACCUCAUUUGGAUUCCGAUCGUCUACCUCUUCUACCCCGAAACCCGGAACCGUUCCCUAGAGUCGAUCGAUGCCCUUUUCUCUACCCCCAAUCCAUUUUAUUGGAAAAUGGAACAAGCCUACAAGCUUCAUGGUGAUGUUCUCGCUGAACAUGGAGUCGACAAAUAUCAAGCUCUCGGUGAGGUUGCAAAUGUCUAA